GGGGCAUCGGGCCGCCGGACGACCUAGCGGCGGGCGGGGACGGGCCGGCGGUGGGGCUGGAGGGCGUCGCGGAGAGCGUCCUGGACUCGGAGGACGAGCGGGCGCAGCCCGAGCACGAGCAGAAGGAGAAGCACGAGCAGCGGGAGCGGGAGAAGGACACGGAGACGAUCGCCGCAAAGCUCUCCGCGCUGUCCGCUGACACGGAGGCGGACGUCGAGACGCCGCUGCCCUCGCCGUCGAUCAAGAAGGAGGCGCCGGCGUCGCCGCGCUCCGAGCUGUCCUCCAUGGACCUCGGCACGCCGGCCUCCGCGACGCCCGAGCCCGCGCCGCCGCUGGAGCCGCACUACUACUACGGCGCGGUGAGCGACAAGGUCGGCGAGGCGGCGGCGUGCUGGCUCGCGCGCUGGGGCGGGGACGUGCUCGCGUGCGAGGUCGAGGUGGUUGGUGGGAAGGACGCGGAGGCGAGAGGGCCGGUGGAGCGGGGGACGAGGAAGCGGGGGCUGACGGCGCCGUCGAGGUUCGCGCCGCCUGAGGGGGCCGGGAAGGGGAAGGAGCGCGCGGGGGGCGAGGACGGGGUGGAGACGCGGUGUGCGGUGCCGGUGGUGUGGCGCCGGGGAGGGCUGAGUGCGCGGUGGGCGCGCGGGGUGCUGUCGAGCGACGCGCUGUUCGUGAAGGGCGAGCGCGAAAGGUACGACAUGGCGAAGGCGGUCGUGGAGAUGCGGAGGGGCGUACCGCUGGAGGAGCCGGAGGACGCGGACGUCGAGGAGCGGGAGUGGGAGGAGCUCUUCCGGACGGGGAUAUACUACGAGAACAUGAGCCUCGACGACAUGAUCGCAAUAUCCAAGGACGUGUCCCCGAGCACGGUUCAGCCGUACGUGCCGCUGUCCGUCCUCCAGUCUGCGCACUGGAACCAGGACGUCCUCCGCCAUCGCAUCACGUCUCGUCCGCGCGGCGGUGGCUCGUCGUCGUCGUCCCCGCCGCUUUCCCCGUCUGCGCGCGACAAGGAGCUCGGGCUCGGUGUGUCCAGCACAGACUUGCAGAAGCAGACGGAGGAGGGCGCGUGGUACCCUGUGCCUGGCGACUCUUCCGUGCGCAUAGGAGAUAGCACCGGCGUGGAGGGCGCGAAUACGGAGCAGCACCUCCUCGAGCUCGUCAGCCCGCCGACGCUCGACGCGGGCAAGAAGGGUGCGCGGACGUGCGAGGAGAACUUCUUCGGUCUGCAGCAACAGCGCUACUCCGCCGCGUCCGCAUCUGCGCACGGGGAGGGCGCGAGCAAGUUCACGCCGCAUCCGCCAUUCAGGUUCGGCGUCGAGUUCUGGGACGUGGACACGCUGAAGGAGAAGAGCCGUCUGCACAGCCACACGGUGUGGUAUGCUGGAAGCUUGUACAAUGUAUACGUGCAGGUUGUGCGCAAGAAGGGCGUCCAGCUCGGGGUGUACCUCCACAGACAGAGCUCGGUGGAUCCAUUGCCGCCGUGCUCUGCACCUGCAAUACCCACACCGGCGAGCUCGACGGGAGGGAGGACGCCAGCGCAGAUGGCAGCACAUUCGGGGAGACCGGCAAGCUCAAGCGUGAGUGGCAGCAUCGUGUCGUCGCCGAGGCCGACUUCGAUGCAUUCCUCGACUGUGGGGUACUCGUCCUCCGGCCUGCCAACCCUCCCGCUCUCGCGAAGCACCACGCCUGUUUCGUCGCCCGCCUCCCCCGGGCUCGCAUCGUCGCUCCCCUCGAGCAGUACCAGCAGCAUCCUCGCUUCUGCGCCUGCGCAGCCACUCACGCUCCCUGCUACGGCACAUGCCUCGGCGCCGCAGCAACCUUAUCGCGACCCGCGCCCUGCGGUGAGCGCGUACUUCGCCAUUUCGUGUGCGAGCGCGACGGGAGCCAGCCUGACGAGGUUCACGAGCGCGCCGGACGUGUUCAGCAUAAGCCAGAGCUGGGGCUGGAAGAGCAGCAGUCUGCGGACGGAUGAGUACCUGGAGGCGUCUGCGCGGACGGAGGUGAGCCUGCGGGCGACGGUUGUACUUGGUGUGGUGUAGUUGGGAGUGCUGUUGUGUCGAUUAUCUGCAGGCUCGCUGGUAUGUAUUGGAGGAAGGAUCCGGAUCUAUAUGCUACCAUGACACAUACUACUUGCUUAUCCUCACCCCUCUUACUAUUCUCUGCUGCUUUCGUGCUCUGCCGGUUUUGCGUACUGUACGCGUCGUGUUAUUGUACCUAGUCGAGCCUCUUUAUAUCACGAACUACAUAAUA